AUGUCCAAGUCCCCAAACACACCCACAGUGUCGGACACGCUCACAUCCCCAAACACGCCCACAGUGUCGGACACGCUCACAUCCCCAAACACGCCCACAGUGUCGGACACGCUCACAUCCCCAAACACGCCCACAGUGUCCAAAAAGUUCCAGUCAUUUAUUGAGGGCUGCCUGGUGAAGAACCAUGGGCAGAGACCCACUACGGAGCAGCUGCUGAAACACCCCUUCAUCCGGGACCAGGCCAACGAGCGGCAAGUUCGCAUACAGCUCAAGGACCACAUUGACCGCACCAAGAAGAAGAGGGGAGAAAGAGAAGAGACUGAGUACGAGUACAGUGGCAGCGAGGAGGAGGAGGAGGAGAACGACAUUGGGGAGCCCAGCUCCAUCAUCAACAUCCCUGGCGAGUCCACCCUGAGGCGGGACUUCCUGCGGCUGCAACUGGCCAAUAAGGAGCGAUCGGAGGCACUGCGCCGGCAGCAACUGGAGCAACAGCAGAACGAGGAGCACAAGCGCCAGCUGCUGGCUGAGCGGCAGAAGCGCAUUGAGGAGCAGAAGGAGCAGCGGCGCCGGUUAGAAGAGCAACAGCGGCGCGAGCGGGAGCUGCGCAAGCAGCAGGAGCGGGAGCAGCGGCGGCGCUAUGAGGAGAUGGAGCAGCUACGGCGGGAGGAGGAGCGGCGGCAGCAGGAGCGUGAGCAGGAGUACAAGCGUAAGCAGCUGGAGGAGCAGCGGCAAGCGGAGCGGCUGCAGAGGCAGCUGCAGCAGGAACGAGCUUACCUGGUGUCGCUACAACAGCAGCAGCAGCAGCAGCAGCAACAACAGCAGCAACAGGAACCAGAUCAGCGCCCUAUUGACAAGAAGCAGCUGUACCACUAUAAGGACACCGUGAACCCCAGCGACAAGCCCGCCUGGGCCAAAGAGGUCAUAAAGCGCUCCCAAAGUAAUUCUCCCCGCAUCCCGCCCAAGAAGUACCACUCCUUCAACAGCCCCAGUGAGGCCCGUGUCGCACACCUGCUGCCCCUGCCCCCCAGCCAGCACCCCCGCCGGCCCCCCUCCUACCCUGCUAACCCCACCGCCUGCCCUGCCCUCGAGGAGCCUGCCGACUGGCUCCACCGUGGCCCCCAGGACAUCCCCUCCAUCCGGAUCAGCUCUGGGGAACAGGAGCAGCUCAGGCGGAGCCGCCCUGCAGAGCGAGAGCAGGAGGCGGCUUUGGGCCCCCGUGGACGGAGCCCCAGACGGGCCCAGCAGGUGGAAGAGCGCUCCCUGCUGAACCGGCAGAACUCGCCGGCGCUGCAGCACAAGGUGGCCAACCGGAUCUCAGACCCGUCACUGCCACCACGCUCUGAGUCCUUCAGCAGCAGCGGCAUCCAGGCCGUCCGCACCCCCCCUAUGCACCGGCAGGUGGAGCCGCCGAUGCCGCACCUGGUCCCAGUGAAGUCCCACAGCCCGUCGAUGUCAGGCUCCCAGUCGCUGCAUGACCAGUCGGCUCAGGGAGUGUCGGCCUUCCAGGAGGGCCUGUCCCCCCACCGGCCCGUCAUACCCCGGCAGAAUUCAGACCCCACCUCUGAGACCCCCCCGCCGCCACCCCGCAUAACUAGUCGCGAUGACAAGUUCGACCGAGGCCCCUGGGUGAUGCAGGACGAGGAUAUCCCGCCCAAGGUGCCCCAGAGGACCACGUCCAUUUCCCCAGCCCUGGUGAGGAAGAACUCCCCCAGCAAUGGAGCCGGCGGCCUGGGGCCUAGAGGGGGCUCCCAGCUCAUCCGGGCCAGUAACCCUGACCUGCGCCCCUCUGUGGAGACGGGCAUCCCCCGGAACAGCAGCGGCAGCUCCUCCAGUUCCAGCACCCCAAGCUCACAAGGAGGUUCCCAGCCUGGCUCGCAGGCGGGCUCCAGCGAGCGGAACCGGGCAGAGAGCAGAGCGUCUAUACGGCAGGAGGUCCCCCCCAGUGCACCCCCUCUGGAGCCCCCAAAGUCCAAGCAGCAGGAGGAGGCCCGGGACCCUGGACGCCCCAGCCGGCCCACGGACCUGACGGCCCUGGCUAAGGAGCUCCGGGAGCUGCGAUCAGAUGAUACCAACCGGCCACCAAUUAAGGUGACUGACUACUCCUCGUCCAGUGAAUCGGAGAGCAGCGAGGAAGAUGAGGCCGAGGGGGCUGGGCACGAUGGCACCGUGCCCGUCAGCGACAUCCCACGUGUCAUGCCAUCUGUGGUCCAAGGGGGCAGCGAAACCUACGGAUCCCCUGUGAUGGGUAGCCAUGAUGACGCCCUUGGGGACUCCCACCCAGGGAUGCGAGAGACGGUGCCGGAUAGGCAGCGCUCCGGCCACGCCGAGAGCAACGGCUUUGCCGGCCACGCCAAUCUGCCCGAUCUGGUGCAGCAGAGCCGCUCGGCGGCGGGUGUGCCCGCCGGUCUGCACGCGCAGGACCAGGACACCGCGGGCGAAUUCGGGAUUGGCAACAGCACCAAGGCCUCCUUCACCCCCUUCAUGGACCCGCGCGUGUACCAGACAUCCCCCACCGAGGAUGACGGUGAUGAGAACUCAGCCGCGGCCCUGCUGAGCAGCGAGCUGGCACGCCAAGAGCAGGCCAAACUGAACGAGGCGCGCAAGAUCUCUGUGGUGAACGUGAACCCCACAAACAUCCGGCCGCACAGCGACACACCUGAGAUCCGCAAGUACAAGAAACGCUUCAACUCGGAGAUCCUCUGCGCCGCGCUCUGGGGUGUCAACCUGCUGGUGGGCACAGAGAAUGGCCUGAUGCUGUUGGACCGCAGCGGGCAAGGGAAGGUCUACAACCUGAUCAGUCGGCGUCGCUUCCAGCAGAUGGACGUGCUGGAGGGCCUCAAUGUGCUAGUCACCAUCUCCGGCAAGAAGAACAAGCUGAGGGUCUACUACCUGUCCUGGCUACGGAACCGGAUCCUGCACAAUGACCCGGAAGUGGAGAAGAGGCAGGGCUGGGUGACAGUGGGCGAGCUGGAGGGCUGCGUGCACUACAAAGUGGUGAAGUACGAGAGGAUCAAAUUCCUGGUGAUAGCACUGAAGAAUUCCGUGGAGAUUUACGCAUGGGCCCCGAAGCCAUACCAUAAAUUCAUGGCUUUCAAGUCUUUUACAGAUCUGCAGCACAAGCCUCAGCUUGUGGACUUGACCGUGGAAGAGGGUCAAAGGUUAAAAGUUAUCUAUGGGUCCAGCGUGGGGUUUCACGUGAUCGACGUGGAUUCUGGGAAUCCCUAUGAUAUCUACAUCCCGUCGCAUAUUCAGAACAGUAUCACCCCGCACGCCAUUGUGGUGCUGCCCAAGACGGACGGCAUGGAGAUGCUUCUCUGUUAUGAAGAUGAGGGGGUCUAUGUGAACACAUACGGCAGAAUCACUAAAGACGUGGUCCUGCAGUGGGGAGAGAUGCCGUCUUCUGUUGCCUACAUCCACUCCAGUCAGAUCAUGGGCUGGGGAGAGAAGGCCAUUGAGAUCCGCUCCGUGGAGACGGGACACCUCGACGGAGUUUUCAUGCACAAGCGAGCUCAGCGACUAAAGUUCCUAUCCGAGAGGAACGACAAGGUCUUCUUCGCCUCUGUCCGAUCCGGAGGUAGCAGUCAAGUCUUUUUCAUGACCCUCAACAGAAACUCCAUGAUGAACUGGUAAACUCACCAAACCCUCCAUGUGCCCCCCCGCUCCCUCACCCCCACUGUCCCUGCGCUCCUGCGAACCCAUCCAUGUGGAGCAAACGAGGCCCACGUCAACAUUGAUGGACAGAGAGAAACCUGGCGUCAGAAGAAUAAGCGAUGGUUGGAAGGAACAUCAAGGGCUCUCGGGGGGCAGGGGGGUACCAAAGUAAACGAGGCCCGCCCCCCCCCCACAAUUGCCUACCACCACUUCCUGGAGAUAAAUGCAGCUGUUCGUGCUAAAGGCUGGACUUUAUAGAGCCUGUCAGCGGGGAAGGGGAUUUGUGAUCUGCCCGCCCCCUCGCAGAGCAACACACGACCCGCUCCGUCUUUGAUACAGCAUCCAUACAGUUCUUUUAUUUCUUGUUGUAUCAUUUUGGUGAGACGUGCAGAUGGUCUGUCCUCUUGGAAACAGGACAGGGUGGCCAUGCUGCACCAGUGUCACUCAAAACAUUGGUGUCCAUGUUGACCCUCUAGAGGCUCGGGCUGCUUUGCUGUCCUACUGUCUGGAAGGGGACCUGGGCAUUGACAAGCUGGGGGGAGAGGGGAGUCCAUUGCGUUGUCCGGUCUCUUUGACAGAAAUUUAUGGAGCUGAAGGCUGUCUCUGGACAUAGUCCAGUCUGUCACCAUAAAUACAGAUUAGCCAGCUAACAGCAAUAGAAACCAGGCUUUGGUGUUGGUGGGGUUCAGUCCUCUCGUACCAGUGAAGGUUGGUUCUGUUGCAGCAGACAACACUUUUAGGCCAUUUGUGAACGCCUCCUGCCCCCCGGGUCGUGAUCCCUGUCGAUUUCUGUUUGACUGUAAAUCUGCGUUCAGCCGUAGUCCAAGCAGUCGACCCGAAGCUGGUGAAAACAGAACACAAACUGUGACCGCUAUCCCGUGAUUUAAAGUUUUCCGUUUCCUUCUCUCUCUCUCUCUCUCUCUCUCUCUCUCUCUCUAUCUAUCUCUAAAACUCUCUCUUUCUCUGUUUCUUUCCAAGUGGCUGCUAGCAUGGGCUGCCUGUGGGAUUCUGGGAUUUUACCGUAAAAAAGUAAGGAAAAAAAAAAAAAAACUGUGCGCGCUUCCCGUUAUUGACCUACCUCGUUUCUUUUUCUAACCAUUUAGUUGCAUUUUUAAAAAAAAAAACAAAAAAAAAAACAUGUAGACAUGUACAUAGAGGUUCACAUCUGUACCCAUGUCCGUUCAGCGAUCCUGUUCCAGCGGUGUGUUGCACAUGGUAAGAGAUGCAGUUGGCCGAGUUAUGACUGAGCCAGAGAGACGUAGUAGGUACUGAAUGUGGAAGCUUUCUAGAAAAACCCUUUUCUUUUACCUAUCCCCACAGGAUAAAAUACGGCGGAUUUCGAGAACGUGGUAUGGUGUGUUGAGUGCUUGAAAUCCACCGUAUGUUUUUAAACAGUGUGCACAACUGCUACGUAUAGACAUACAGGUGGCAGGAAUUUGUAAGGAUACUGAAUGCUGCGUAUAUUCAUUUUUAAACCUUACAUUUUUAAACAUGACAUGCAUUAUGUACUGUCUGAAGGGCAUCCAAAGGGAGAAUUUGACAAAAGAUGCAACGAUAAAUGGCCGUUGUUAUCAUUAUCACUAUUAGUAUUAUUUAUUGCCAUCAUCAUCAACCACGAAAUCGUGAAAUUUGUGUUUAAAUGACUACUGAAUGAGACUACUUUAGAUGGGCAGUGUACGAAAGGCGAGUAUCUUGGGGGGAAAAUACAUUCUUGCUUUUGUAAAUACUUUUCCCAGCGUUUAUUGCAGUUUCAUACCUGCACACUCACGUAUCAUGUGAAUAUGAGCGUUGCACAUCACAAAAUGUUGUUCUUCACUCUGAAUUUAAUUGAUACCUCCGCUGUUAUCGACUUUAGCACAAUCGCCGAUAGGACAAAGGCCCAGAAAUCAGCCCUGAACUAAGUGAUAUUUUGUACAGUUUAGUGUAAAAGUUCAUUGUACAGUUGUCUUCAAGUGAAAUUUGGGUUUCUUUGAACUUCUUUUAAAAUUGACUAUUUUUGUCUUACGAUUUAGGCAUUUAUUUGCAAAAUACAUAGCAUGAUGUAAGGGAAGAUAAAACUGACAACUUGAUAUUGAUUUCAUUCUCUUUUUUACAUUUAUUUGAUCUCUAGGACAGUGCGUAUUUGAUUUGGAUGUAAUCUUUGUCGACUGAAAUAUUAACAGGGAACGAUCAUUUUUAUACUGUUUCUGACCAAUGACUGGUCAUAAAUGAUUCUCCACCUGUUAGUCCAUCGGAGCACGAAUCGGCGGCUGACAAGCGGAGGGCGAGCCAAACGCCAAACUGAAGGUGAUUAAUUGAGUGACGAUUGAUCAAUUAUUAAUUAGGUACAGUGCAUCGUGGCAAACCACGUGACUUACGUGGGCGCCGUCUUGGAAUUAAUGACGUCACUGUAGGCUCCGCUUGUUCAUCGCCAGUAUUGCGUUAAGGAUUACUCUAGACUUGCUGUACUUUUCCCUGGUUUAGCGGUUCCCUGUAUUUUUAGGCUUUGACAAAAUCAAUGUAACUUUUUCCUCCACAUAUCGGUACAUUUUAUACAGGUAUUCUGUUCUAUAGCUUAUUGGAAUUCCUGGAUGCGAUGCACGGUUGAAAUAUGCAUAAGAAUGUCAAAAUUACCUAAAGGUUGUGGUUCUGUCCGUUUUCGCAGAUCUACCUUUAAAAUGAGCCGCCUUUUCCAUUUUUUUCUGUCAUAUCUGCAUUUGGGGGAAAAUGAUUUGUUUAGGGAGAGAUAUGGUAAGCUUUUAGAGGUGUUUUAUUUCUCCUGAAUUUAUUGUAAUGUUUGCACAAUAUAAAUAUUUAUAUUUGAGGAAAGAGUAAAUGAUGACCUAAUUGGGAUAUUGUUAUGGGGAAUGGGAGGACACUAAUACUGAAUCAAGCCUAAAACCGUUUUAGCAAUAAAAUAUACCGGUGGUUUAGCUUUUUUAAAUUCCUCUCCUUUUAUUUGCCAGAUUCUGGUGGGAACAUUGUGUUAACUAGUAGAGAAACGGGGUUGUUUUGUACUAACACAGCUUUGUGGAGCUUGUUUGUGUGAUGGAUAUGUACACUGGGAGGAGGGCGGGGGGGACACUUCUUCUGCUAGACUUCUCUCAGUUUUCACUUCCCAGAACUGUUACACAUUGUGUUUAUCAAAUUAUGAGCAUUAGAUUUGUCCUGUUUUUUAAGUCAAUAAAUCAAUAAACAAGCAAAUGAGCAAACAGUA